GGCUCAAUAAAUGGUCAGGUUUUGGUGGCCCUUAACAUCCCCAACAACACCGAGGACUGCUGCUUCACGUGGCUGGUUAUUUUAUUAUUAUUAACCAGAUAAUACCUACAGCAUGACUGUAAUGAAACGUGUGGUAAAGCCUCGAACCCGAAGGGCAAAGCGUGGCUUGGAGCAUCGGGCACCAAAGAUUACUGAAAACACUAAACAGUGUUUGUUCUUUUAUGGGACAAAAACCAGUGAUAGUGUUCGGCAGUGUUUAAAGAAUUUUUACUCAUUCAAGAAACAGGAUGGCAAGUACCUACAGAAGAAGAAAAGGUAUUUGCCAUUUGAAGACAUUCUUCCAAUAGAGCAUUUGUCACAGAAGUACGAUGCAUCACUCUUUUGCACGGCAUCACACACUAAGAAAAGGCCAAAUAACAUAAUUUUAGGCCGAAUGUAUGACCAUCAUCUCUUGGACAUGGUAGAACUUGGAUUAGAAAAUUAUCGGGCACUUGCAGAAUUCAAGAAUGAAAAAAUUUCUGCUGGCACAAAGCCUUGCAUGGUCUUUUGCGGAACUCAGUUUGAAGAUGUGACUGAAUUCAGAAAACUAAAAAACCUGUUGAUAGACUUCUUUCGAGGUGUGGAAGCACAAGCAGUACGGCUGCAAGGAUUUGAACAUGCACUCCAAUUCACAGCCAUUGAGGGAAAAGUACUCUUUAGGAGUUAUCGAAUACUACUUAAGAAGUCUGGUACAAGAAUUCCUCGUGUAGAACUGGAAGAAAUAGGGCCUUCAUUGACCCUUAGCCUUCGAAGAAACAAAUUUGCUUCAGAAGACUUGAUGAAGAGAGCUUGUAGACAGCCUAAACAGCUUAAGCCUAAGAAGGUGAAGAACAUAAACAGAGAUGUAUUUGGUACGAAACUUGGCCGAGUGCACAUGACCAAGCAGGACCUAGGUAAACUACAAACACGGAAAAUGAAGGGACUCAAGAAAGAAACCAAUGAUAAAAAGGAAAAUUCAGAAUCUUCAAACCAAGAAGCUUCUGCAUCUGGCCCAGUGGAUGUUGACCAGUAACUCAUCUGGAGUGAAAUUAUAAUGUGCAUUUCUUAAAACAUAACUUGUCCAUAAGAUGCUUUAUUUACACAUGUUUUGUUUAUUUCUUUAAGCAUUAUUGUAAUGAAGUACAAAGAAAUCAUAUUGAAAAAGAAUGUCUUUAACCCUUAAAUGGUCCAAACGUAUAUAUACGUUUUUUCAACAUCUGAAAGUAUGUAAAAAAAUGUAAUCUUUUUUGUUUUACAUUUGAAAACGUGUAAAAAAAACUUUUUAUCUACAUUUUUUUUUGUUACAUUUGAAAAUGUUAAAAAAAGUAGAUCUACUUUUGUAGCACUACGAAUUUGAACGUCGAUUUGUUUGGACCGUUUAAGGGUUAAAUUUCUUUUAGACUCCAUGUACUGAAUUACUACUAAAUUUUUUUAAUUAAAAGUUUCUCAGUUAA